AUGAGUGUGCUAUCGAGGGAAUACGUCUCGGACUCUGAUGGUGAAAGUGACGCGGAGGUUGAACAAGUGUUUAGAGCACCAUCGGAUUACAAGAAGUGCAGACACCUGAAGAAGUUUCAUAAGAAGCCAAAUGAAGAGGUCUGGCUUAUAAAAGUACCAGCAGGGCUGGAUAUUGGAUCGCUGAAGAGUCUGCCGGUUGAUUUGGACAGCCGUGGUGACGAUAGAAGCGGGAGCUCGGUUGUGACGUUCGACGCCAAUGCAAAGAAAUACAGUUUAGAGGAGCAGAACGGUCUAGAUUACAGCAAUUUAUCGCUGUUGGUACCAGACGAAAGUCGGGAGUCGCUGCGUUUGGAGCGAGGCACUGAAGGCAAGGGCAAUUCUAAGAGCAAGAAAGAGAGUACAAGUGUUGCACUCGAGAGGAUCUUCACAGUGAGCGAGGUUGCUAGCAUACCGAAUAUAGAUUUUUCCAAACUGAGGGUACCCCAUGCUGAUGUGGUCAAGGUUGAGGGUCUCAAAAUGAGACAUUUCCCAACGGGAUACGAUGCGAAGGACUACGGCGUGGAGGAGAAUGAGAAAGACGAUGCGGCCAAAAAGAAGCGUAAGGAAUCACAAUCAUCGGCGCCUUCGUCACCAUCAAAGAAAAAGCACAAGAAGGAUAAAAAGGAUAAGGUAAAAUAA